GAGAUCAUAUUCCAAAUUCUAAAUUUUUUGGUGAAUGAAAUAGAAGAAAUCUCUCUACGAUUUCCUUCUACAGAAGUUCAGCUUUGAGAUAUUGCCCAAAAAUAUUCAGGUAUCUGUGCAGCAUUACAUUGGAAAGUGGGUUUAUUCAUCUUUUAAAGUGUUGUCAUCAUAUGUUUCUGAUGGGAUGGAGAGGAGCACUAAUUUCCUUCUCUCUCACAUUGACUGAGUCCUCAAGCAGAUCAAUACCAAUGUGGUCAACCAGCCUCAGUGCUGAACAUUCUUUUCUCUACAGCUGGACGAUCUUCAGUGCAAGCUUUUGUGUGCUCAUUGCUCUUGUCCUUUCAAUGUAUCUAAUCUUUGAGCACUUAGCUGCCUACAAUCAACCUGAGGAGCAGAAGUUUUUAAUUGGGCUCAUCCUGAUGGUUCCUGUUUAUGCCCUGGAAUCGUUGUUGUCAUUGCUGGAUUCAGAUGCUGCAUUCAACUAUGAAUCAGUCAGGGACUGUUAUGAAGCUUUUGCUUUAUAUUGCUUUGAGAGAUAUCUGAUAGCCUGCUUAGGUGGAGAGGAUAAUACUAUCAAGUUCAUGGAAAGUAAAAGCCUAAUCAGCUCUAGCAUCCCCCUUAUAGAAGAAUCAUAUGCUUAUGGAAUUGUGGAACAUCCUUUUCCGUUGAAUUGCUUGCUGAGAGAGUGGUAUCUUGGUCCUGAGUUCUACCAAGCUGUAAAAAUUGGGAUUGUGCAAUAUAUGAUACUGAAAUUGAUCUGUGCUUUGCUAGCAAUGCUUUUUCAGUUUCUUGGAGUUUAUGGUGAAGGGAAGUUCGAAUGGGGAUAUGCCUAUCCAUACUUGGCGCUGGUUCUUAAUUUCAGCCAGAGCUGGGCCUUGUAUUGUCUUGUGCAGUUCUAUUCAGUAAUCAAAGAUAAGCUAGCACCAAUUAAUCCUUUGGCUAAGUUUCUGACUUUCAAGUCUAUAGUAUUCCUAACAUGGUGGCAAGGUAUUGCUGUCGCGUUUCUUUUUUCUAUGGGAGCCCUUAAAGGGUCUUUGGCCCAGGAGUUAAAAACGCGCAUUCAAGAUUAUAUUAUCUGUAUUGAGAUGGGUGUUGCUGCAGUGGUGCACCUAUAUGUCUUCCCGGCAACACCUUACAAACGGGGAGAAAGAUGUGUACGGAAUGUUGCUGUGAUGACCGAUUACGCAUCAUUAGGAACAGCACCUGCUCCAGAUGAGGUUCGGGACUGUGAAAGAACCACAAAAAAUCGCUUUGGCCAGAAUGAAUUAGAGAAGCGUAUGAAGUUCCAUCAGAGUGUUCGUGAUGUGGUUGUAGGAAGUGGUGAAAUUAUUGUUGAUGAUAUGAAGUUCACAGUUUCCCAUGUCGUGGAGCCGGUUGAAAGGGGAAUAGCGAAAAUAAAUAGAACUUUUCAUAAGAUAUCGGAAAAUGUUAAGAGACAUGAGGAAAGAAUAAGGAGCUCGAAAGAUGACAGUUAUGUUAUCCCUUUAAAUUCUUGGACAAAGGAGUUUUCUGAAGUGAAUGAUAAUAUAGAAGGAAGUUUCAGUGACAGUGGUAUCUCUGAAGGGAGGAGGCAGCGUCGACAACCACAAGUCUUCAUUUCUUGUUCUAAUCUCUGAUAGUUUUACAGCAUUCUUAACAAGAAAAAGAAGAGAAGGACCCCUUGGAUGUCAUCAACUUAUGUUGGUUGAUUAACAUGAUUCCAUUACCGAAUGUGGAUGAUAACUACAAUCAGGUUAAAGGACUAGGAGUACCGAAAUCCUUGGAAGAUAUUAUACAGCAACAAUAGAGGUAUCAGCUAUGGAUUUAUACACGUAACACCCUCCAUAUGUAGUCGUACUAUGACUUUMUGAGGGAUUGAACUCUAGUCAUACAAUUCGUUAUCAUCUAACAAAGAAGUCAGCUAUGGGCAAGCGUUGGGGUGGGCCACCAAAGCGGGUUUAGCAGGUUAGAGCCUAGAAGAAUCGUAAAUAUGAUGCAGGAUACUUUAUUCACAUAAGUGUUUGGAAGGAAUGCAUUGCCGAUGGUUGAGUUGUAUAUAAUAAGCAAAUAUGAGGGAAAUAGGAUGUUUACUGCUGUAUGUUAUGAUUAUCAUCGACAUUUUCUAGCUAAAUGAGAAGUUAUGGUUCCCAAUUGCUUAA